CUUCUCUCCAGUUUUAUCUUUCCCAUCUUACUAUGAAACAACAAGCUUACAUUUCCAGUUAUACAGACGAUGGUGGUGAAGGCGUCUACUAUUACUCUUUUGAAAAUGGAAAGCUAGAGUUACAGUCUCUUGCUGCCACUGCCAUUAACCCAAGUUUCAUGGUAUUCCACCCAAACCGACAGACUGUCUAUACUGUUGACGAGCAUAGAGAUUUCGAAGGUUCAGGUGGUGUUUCUGCAUUUGAGAGAAAUGCUGAAGAUGGGUCUCUCAGGUUGAAGAACACUGUUACGUCGAAAGGCGCCGAUCCAUGCUAUAUUACCAUCGACAAUGCAGGCUCACACGUAAUCGUCGCUAACUAUACUGGAGGAUCUGUAGCAACUUUCCCUGCACAGAGUGAUGGAACUGUUGGUGAAGCUACCACCUACAUCAAGCACACUGGUGAAACAAAGGUCAACCCAGCUCGCCAGGAAGGACCCCAUGCUCACAGCAUUAACCUCACCCCAAGUGGUAAAUACGCCAUUGCCCUCGAUCUUGGUGCGGACAAAGCGGUUGUUUACAAGUAUAGCAGUGAAAACGGAGCUUUAACAGUUGCAAACGAGUUCAAGUUCAAGGCUGGUGACGGACCUCGUCAUCUUGCAUUUGCCCCCUUCAAUGACUCAUGGCUUUAUGCGGUUGCUGAACUGACAAACGAUAUUGUUUUCUUGGAAUUUGACGAAGCAAACGAAACCCUCUAUGAGAUCCAACGCGUUGCAGCGCUUCCGGAAGAUUUCAAGGGUGAUAACCUUGCUGCAGAGAUUAGCAUUCUUCCCAGUGGCAAGUUCUUGUAUGCUUCUAUGCGUGGUCAUGAUAGUUUGGCCAUCUUUGCUAUCAACGAAAACACCGGCAAGUUGACAAAAGUCGGUCAUCAACAUACUGGAGGAGCUCAUCCUCGUCACUUUGCUAUCGACCCUACUGGCGAAUAUAUCAUUGUUGCUAACAAGGAUAGUCACAAUUUGGUCGUCUUCAAGGUUGACCAAGACACUGGCUUGCUCACUGAAGUGCCCAACUCUCGAGUUGAACACCGACAGCCAGUGUGCAUCAAGUUUUGGACCCAUUAAGAAAACCUGUCAGGCAUAGAAAUAAUACAUUGGGGAUCGGACGAGAUGGAUCAUGUUUGUUUUUGUAUUUGUAUAAUAAACGAGCAACAAUAUCUCAGUAUG